AUGUAUGCAACCGCUGGCCGUGCCGUCGAAGCUUCUAGAGAGAGUCCACCGGCCUGGUUUUUGGAAUUGUCUGCAGAGCUCGAUGUUUCACCACCUGAAGAUUUUGAAUCCAGUCAGCUUGCUGGAGCCAGUUCUACUCAUGUCAUCCCAGGGUCUACUGGCGGGGCACUGUCCAGUCCUCUGACAAGCCCCACGAGCACAAGUGCUCCGGGCUCAAAUAGUGUACCAUCAAUACCACAAAUCGCAUCAUCUAGCCCUAUUGUUCCAGGGACUUCUGUCAUUCCAAGCAGCACACAGUCCUUGACGGGUACAAGCAGCGUCACUUCCGCCCCCGAGGUCAAAACAUGUCCUAGCGUGUCACGAAAGUCAACAAAUGUAUUUUGGCUCGACGAUCAAGACCACAAUCAACAGGGUGCAGGAUUCGCUCCAUAUGCGAAUACUACAACGCAUUACCCGGUCUUUCGUAAUGUGAUGGAUUACUCUGUUGUCAAUGAUGGGUCUGGCGAUCAAACUGCCAAAUUACAAAGGUCUAUCGACGACGAUGGGAAUGGGGGAACUCGUAAAGGUUUGGGUGUUACACGAUAUCCUGCUGAAGUUUACCUGCCCGGUGGCACUUAUGUACUGGGAAGUACACUCACAUUGACCGUGGGAACAAUCAUCGUCGGGGAUCCAAAUGACCCUCCUGUUUUAAAAGCCGGCCCGAAUUUCAAGGGCCAGUUCUUGGUCAUGGGGUACGAUAAGAACAAUGGCAACCCGGAAACCACUUUCAUGGUACUCAUGAAGAACGUCAUUUUGGAUACAACCGCUGUUCCAACCACUCAAUCUAUCACAGCUUUGCAAUGGGGAGUGGCACAAGGUUCAGGAUUGACUAAUGUAGAGGUUCGAAUGCCGACAGGCCCAUCACUUCACACAGGAAUCGAUAUUGUGGCUGGCUCUACCAUUGCGGUGACUGAUGUUAAAAUCAUUGGUGGUGCAACUGGAAUUAUUAAUUCCAACCAACAAGUCAACUUCAAGAAUGUCCACUUCAUCUCAUGUGGAACAGCUUUCGAAGCAUCAGGAGGAUGGACUGUUCUGUUGCAAGGUGCCUAUUUUGAAUCAUGCGGCACAGGUGUCAACAUGACUGCCAACUCACUGGGUAGUUUGGUGAUUCUUGACUCUGUAUCAACGAACAGCGGACCAUUGAUCCGAUUUUAUGAUUCCUCUCGCGAUACAGCAAAUCAAAAUAGCCAAUUUUUGAUACAAAAUCUGGAAUACAACUCCGCGGAGCCGAUCGCAGUCGACAUCGAGGGUAAGACCCGCCUUAGUGCGGUAUCCCACGUCGACACUUGGGUGUGGGGCACUAUGGUCCCUGGUCAAUAUACCGCAGGAGGAAGCUGGAACACGCAACGUCCUGCUCCGCUACUUGUCAAUAACCGUUAUAUGACCAAGGCCCAGCCUACGUAUGCGGAAUUUAGCAGUGAGGAUAUUGUCAACGUUAAGACUGCCCAAGGGCACACGGCUAAGGGUGACGGUGUCACGGACGACACCGCAGCCCUCAAUGCAAUUUUGGCCAAGAACUCGGCGGAUUGCAAGAUUACCUUCAUUCCGUUCGGCGUAUAUCGUGUUUCUGACACAAUCUUCAUUCCAGUUGGAUCUCGCAUUGUCGGUGAAGCAUGGUCAGUCAUUACUGGAUAUGGGGACGCUUUUAAGAACCCCAAGAGCCCUAAGGCUGUCGUUCGCGUUGGUAACCCCGGCGAUGUCGGCUUGAUUGAGAUUCAAGACAUGCGUUUCUCCGUCAGCGAAAUCUUGCCAGGCGCUAAAGUCGUCGAGAUCAACGCCGCCGGUGAUCAACCUGGCGAUGUCGGUCUUUGGAACACUGCCGUUACGAUCGGUGGAACAGCCGAAACAAGCGUCUCAACCGAAUGCACCUCACAAGAUCCAAAGGACUGCAUGGCUGCCUUCAUGGUGAUGCAUCUGACCGAGACUUCAUCGGCCUACAUCGAAAAUUUCUGGGGAUGGACGGCGGACCAUAACCUGGAUAGCAAGUCACUGCUGACAAUCAUCUCCACUGGCCGCGGAAUUCUUGUCGAGUCUACUAAGGGAACGUGGCUGACUGGUACAGGUUCUGAGCAUCACUGGCUCUACAACUACAACUUCCACAAUGCAGCCAACGUAUUUGCGGGUCUAUUGCAAACGGAGAGCCCAUACAUGCAAGGGUCUGGCGAGUUUGAGCGGGCGCCCGCCCCUUGGACCGCCUAUCCACAGUAUGGUGACCCUGACUUUUCAUGGUGUGCGCAGGAUGAUGAGAAGUGCCGCACUGCAUUGGCUACCAACGUUGACGGUGGGUCAGACAUUGCAUUGUACAAUUCUGCUGCCUGGGCAUUCUUCGAUGGCUAUUGGAACGCCAUGUACAACGAGCCGUGUAAUGGCAAGUGUCAGAGUAAUAUGAUGCGGGUAACAAACACCCCGCAGAAUCUAGUAUGGUACUCGAUCAGUACGCGCAUGACAGACGUGAUGGUGCUGGAUGGGAAAUCGAAUCCGCGAGAGGCAAACCAUGCUGGUGGAUGGGAGGCCCUUAUCCAAGCAUAUGGACAAUUUGAGGCAUAG